AUCUUGCAGCACAGGCAGUCAGUGCCUGGUAGCGAUUCAGACGAGGGCGUAUGGACUUGAGGCAGCAGUGAAUGCAUUUCCCACAGACUGUGCUCGUACUUUUCUCAUCUCGUACGGAUUACCACUGAGUUCACACUGCGCUUUAACGCCGUAUCGCAUUUUUCCACUGCAAUUCUCCAUCUGAGGGCCUGUCACAGAGUAAAGUGGCUCGGUGUGCGUGUGUUUAGACAGCGGAGCGAGAGCAGCAGCGUGUCCCCGAUGGCUGGCUGGAAGGACGGCUCAGUGCAGGAGAAAUAUCGCCUGGUGGUCGUCGGAGGUGGUGGCGUCGGAAAAUCAGCUUUAACUAUCCAGUUUAUCCAGUCAUACUUUGUCACUGACUAUGACCCCACGAUUGAAGACUCCUACACAAAGCAGUGUGUGAUUGACGAUAGGCCUGCGAGGCUGGACAUCCUGGACACAGCAGGACAGGAAGAGUUUGGAGCCAUGAGAGAACAAUACAUGAGGACAGGGGAGGGCUUCCUUCUCGUCUUCUCCGUCACUGACCGAGGAAGCUUUGAAGAGAUCUACAAGUUUCAACGACAGAUCUUGAGAGUGAAGGACCGGGAUGAAUUUCCCAUGAUUCUAGUGGGUAACAAAGCUGAUCUGGAGCAACAGAGACAAGUUACCCAGGAGGAGGGCCAGCAGCUUGCCCGACAACUCAAAGUCACAUACAUGGAGGCCUCAGCUAAGAUCCGUAUGAACGUAGACCAGGCUUUCCACGAGUUGGUUCGAGUCAUAAGGAAGUUCCAGGAGCAAGAGUGCCCACCCUCGCCGGAGCCCACGCGUAAAGAGAAGGAUAAGAGCGGCUGCCAUUGUGUGAUUGUCUAAUUGGCCUCUCACUGCCGCCACUCACCCAGCUGCUGUCACCAGUCCCUGCCCCCCCACCCUGCCUUCUGACAUCACGUCCUGUGCGGAUGAACUCGCUGCCUUUCUACGUGUGCAUGUCUUCAAAACAGCAGUGUCUCUCAUAGCCUUAUCAGGGGCGUUUGUGCCUCUAGGACUUCACUACUAGAAGAACCAAACUGAAAAAAAUCUUGAUCGAACUCACCAUUCUACCUUCAACUAGAGUACUGACAUCAGUGUGACCUAAAAUAUGGUAAUUGUGCCCCCAACACUAAACAUCGCUCCUUAAAACACACACAAUUCCUUUUUUUUUUUUUUUUUUUUGUAUUUUGAAGGAUUUUUUUCCCUCUUGCCUUGUGACAUUUGUACUUUUGCUGAGACGGAAAGACUAAACGAAACACCAUUGGGAUUGCAGAGGACAUUUAGUCACCGAUCUAGAGUGAGGUGAUGUUCUGAAGCUUUGUGCGCAUGUGUGUGUGUGUGUGUCAUGCCAUAUCUGUUUUUACUUCCAUAUGCUAAGCAGCGAUUGUACAUAAUUGAAGAUUUGUGUGAGUUGAGGCCACCUUUAUAACGACAAAAAUCAGUUGCAGAGUACCGUGUGUGAGGUUGAACCGCUUGUUUUGACAUGAAUUAACACAUUAAUGUUAUGUACAUAGCCUUUAACAUGCCAAUUUUGUCAGCAGUGAAGUCAGAUUCCCAACUUCUGGUUUGAUCAAGAGGCCUUUUUUUUCCUUGUCUUUUUUGUUUGCAUUGUAAGACUUCUUGGCAUGUAUGGAUUUGAUUCUUUCAAAGUGAUAAUUCACCUAAAAAUGAAAAUUCAUUUACUCGCCCAAAUUACUCAUGUGUUCCAAAGCUGUUACAAACCACAUUUUUUUGUCCAUACAAAAGAAAAAAAAUUAAGACGGCCAUAAAUAUUAGAAGUGUAAUUUUUACUGUUGUUCUUUAAAAUACAAUUAUUAAUUUUAUUAUUAUAAAAUAUUAAUAAUAUUAAAUACAAUAUUAAUUAAUUUUUUAUAAUGAAAAAAUAAUAAAUAAAAAUAUUUUGAUAAUAACAGUAAUUUUUAUUAUACAAUCACGUUGAAAGGGGGAUAUAAUUAUUUCUAUUUUUUUUAUUUUUUUUUUGUCCUUAGCUUAGCUUGAACGUCAAUGUUGUUUUAGGCCCGAAACAGAUUUGGAACGACAUGAGAAUUUUCAUCUUUGGUUGAACUAUCUUUAUUGUGAAAUGUAUUCUUCAUGUAGCCAGAUUGUUGAAGCCUUCCUGACUCUCAGCUCCGAUUUCUACAGACUAUCUUCAGACUCAGGUUUCUCCAUUUACAGUGUUUUCACAAUGUGCUGACGAUGUCCGCACGCUCAGAACACAAUAGGUUGUCUGUUCUCUACUAGGUACCCCACCAAGAUUGAUGACUCUGAGAAGUAGACUCUAAAAUAAUUGUGUCUUUCUCUGACCUUGCAUUUCAAUUCACUUUUACACUUUUUUUUUCAGUUUGGAAAUGUAUUUAAGUGACUGAAACAGUGUGACUACUGUUUCAAAGGGACAGUUGAACUGCAAAAAAAAAAAUCAUACAUUAGACAUCAAAAAAAUAUACAUUAGACAUCCACAUUCCCUCAAGACUAUUUUUUAUUUAAUGUGGUUUGACGUCUCACACUUCAAUCUUUUUUUUCUUGCCUUCAUACUCUAAAGGUUCACUAUUGCAUCAUGCCACGAUUUAUUUUCCAGAGUGCAUUUCUGUAUGAGGGAUUCAAACUGUUCAAUUUUUGUGUUUUAUCAUCAUGUAAUAUAAGAAAAAAGAUGGAAGUGAUCUUCUGAAUGGACAUGAUUAAAUGUUUUUACUAUAUACUUUUAUACAUUAUUUUCUUAUCAGACUAGUUAAUGAGUAUUUUUAUAUGUUUGUAAGUGAAAACGCUCUCGCGCCACAAAUGUGUAUAUGUAAAGAGGAGUAUUUAAUUAUAUCUCGUUUUUGUUUUUAACUGAAAAAAGGCCAAUGUAUGUUGAACUGUGGUCCUUUCCUGCUUUCGGUGGACUGAAGCCGACAACUCACGCAAAUAGUCGUCCACCUCAUAGCCUAAAACGCUUCACCGGUGAUCACUGAGUCAACCGUUUUGUGAUGACUCGGGUUCGACUCCUUCCCAAAACCUUGUCCAUGACCAGAUACCAGUUAUCAUCAAAACAGAUCAAGAUGAAAGCUAGUAGGAACAGAAGUGCAUGACUCUUCCUCUUCCCAGAGUCUGUGUACGUCUAAUCCAUACUGUGUUUUAUUUGUCACAUCCCUGUAUAGCCUCUGGUGCUAUAAUAAAAUCUAUGAUUUAUCUGUGA